AGAAUGUGAGGUUUCUCUCAAAGCAUCUUGCAUCAGCCUGUGGACGUAUGCCUGCCACCGGGCUCCUUCGCCGGCAAAGUGGAAAAAGAAGAGUUUCACAACAGAUUCGUUUUUGGGGGGGGCUGGGGGAACGUGGUGGAUUAUAACUCUGUUUUCUUCUUUCCAAAUCUGUGUGCUCCUCCUGGACAAACGGAUAUCUACAAGUGGUCUGGGGUUCAGUGCUCUAGAAAGUUCCAAGUCCUGUGGCUUGAAGCAAAGACGUUGUGACAACUGAAGACACACAGAAGCCAGCUGUCGUCGAGGACCCCAUUCCUCAGAGAAUGUUCUGCACCCAUGGAUGCUCCAGUUCCGACACCAUCUUCUGAGAUGACUUCGAUUCCCAGAAUACCCUUGAUGCUACUCCUGCUGCUGUCCAUCUUGAGUUCUGCAAAAGCUCAGGUUAAUCCAGCCAUAUGCCGCUACCCUCUGGGUAUGUCAGGAGGCCACAUUCCAGAUGAGGACAUCACAGCUUCCAGUCAGUGGUCAGAAUCCACAGCUGCCAAAUACGGAAGGCUGGACUCAGAAGAAGGGGAUGGAGCCUGGUGCCCUGAGAUUCCAGUGGAACCUGAUGACCUGAAGGAAUUCCUACAGAUUGACUUGCACACCCUGCACUUUAUCACUCUGGUGGGGACCCAAGGGCGCCAUGCUGGGGGCCAUGGCAUUGAGUUUGCCCCCAUGUACAAGAUCAAUUACAGUCGGGAUGGCACUCGCUGGAUCUCUUGGCGGAACCGGCAUGGAAAACAGGUGCUGGAUGGGAACAGUAACCCCUAUGACAUUUUCCUAAAGGACUUAGAGCCACCCAUUGUGGCCAGAUUUGUCCGCUUCAUUCCAGUCACUGACCACUCCAUGAAUGUGUGCAUGCGAGUGGAGCUUUAUGGCUGUGUCUGGCUAGAUGGCUUGGUGUCUUAUAAUGCUCCAGCUGGACAGCAAUUUGUACUCCCUGGAGGCUCUAUCAUUUAUCUGAAUGAUUCCGUCUAUGAUGGAGCCGUUGGAUACAGCAUGACCGAAGGGUUGGGCCAGCUGACAGAUGGGGUGUCGGGCCUAGACGACUUCACUCAGACCCAUGAAUACCACGUGUGGCCAGGCUAUGACUACGUGGGCUGGAGGAACGAGAGUGCCCCCAGUGGUUACAUCGAGAUCAUGUUUGAAUUUGACCGCAUCAGGAAUUUCACCACCAUGAAGGUGCACUGCAACAACAUGUUUGCUAAAGGUGUGAAGAUUUUCAAGGAGGUGCAGUGCUACUUCCGCUCUGAAGCCAAUGAGUGGGAACCUAACGCCGUGUCCUUCCCCCUUGUCCUGGACGACGUCAACCCCAGCGCUCGCUUUGUCACGGUGCCCCUCCACCACCGCAUGGCCAGCGCCAUCAAGUGCCAGUACCAUUUUGCUGACACCUGGAUGAUGUUCAGUGAGAUCACCUUCCAAUCAGAUGCGGCCAUGUACAACAACUCUGGAGCCCUGCCUACCUCACCUGUGGCGCCCACAACCUAUGAUCCAAUGCUUAAAGUCGAUGACAGCAACACUCGGAUCCUGAUCGGCUGCUUGGUGGCCAUUAUCUUCAUCCUCCUGGCUAUCAUUGUCAUCAUCCUCUGGAGGCAGUUCUGGCAGAAGAUGCUGGAGAAGGCUUCCAGGAGGAUGCUGGAUGAUGAAAUGACAGUCAGCCUGUCCCUGCCCAGUGAGUCCAGCAUGUUCAACAACAACCGCUCCUCAUCGCCAAGUGAGCAGGAGUCCAAUUCCACUUAUGAUCGCAUCUUUCCCCUUCGCCCUGACUACCAGGAGCCAUCGAGGCUGAUACGAAAACUCCCAGAAUUUGCACCGGGGGAGGAAGAGUCAGGCUGCAGUGGUGUUGCAAAGCCGGCCCAGCCCAGCGGGCCCGAGGGGGCGCCCCACUACGCGGAGGCUGACAUUGUGAACCUGCAGGGGGUAACCGGAGGCAACACCUAUUCAGUGCCUGCUGUUACCAUGGACUUGCUUUCAGGAAAAGACGUGGCUGUGGAAGAGUUCCCCAGGAAACUCCUAACGUUCAAGGAGAAGCUAGGAGAAGGCCAGUUCGGGGAGGUUCAUCUCUGUGAAGUGGAGGGGAUGGAAAAGUUCAAAGACAAAGAUUUUGCCCUAGAUGUCAGUGCCAACCAGCCUGUCCUGGUGGCCGUGAAAAUGCUCCGAGCAGAUGCCAACAAGAACGCCAGGAACGAUUUUCUUAAGGAGAUAAAGAUCAUGUCCCGGCUCAAGGACCCAAACAUCAUCCGCCUCUUAGCUGUGUGCAUCACCGAGGACCCUCUGUGCAUGAUCACUGAGUACAUGGAGAAUGGAGAUCUCAAUCAGUUUCUUUCCCGCCACGAGCCCCCCAGUUCUGCCUCCAGCAACGCACCCACUGUCAGUUAUGCCAACCUGAAGUUUAUGGCUACCCAGAUAGCCUCUGGUAUGAAGUACCUUUCCUCUCUUAAUUUUGUCCACCGAGACCUGGCCACACGAAACUGCUUGGUGGGUAAGAACUAUACCAUCAAGAUAGCCGACUUUGGGAUGAGCAGAAACCUGUACAGCGGUGACUACUACCGGAUCCAGGGCCGGGCAGUCCUCCCUAUCCGCUGGAUGUCUUGGGAGAGCAUCUUACUGGGCAAAUUCACGACAGCGAGUGACGUGUGGGCCUUUGGGGUGACUCUGUGGGAGACGUUCACCUUUUGCCAGGAGCAGCCCUAUUCCCAGCUGUCUGAUGAGCAGGUCAUUGAGAAUACUGGAGAGUUCUUCCGGGACCAAGGGAGGCAGACCUACCUCCCCCAGCCUGCCAUCUGCCCUGACUCUGUGUACAAGCUGAUGCUCAGUUGCUGGAGAAGAGACACCAAGCAUCGUCCUUCGUUCCAGGAGAUCCACCUUCUGCUCCUUCAGCAAGGGGACGAGUGACGCUAUCACUGCCUGGCGACAUUCCGAUGGCCCAGGUCCUUCUCACAAGACCUACCACUCACCCACGCCUAAGCCACUCCAUCCGGACGUUGAAUGGGCCCGGGGGACGGAGGCUUAUUCACUUCUCUGUCUCUGUCCCUGGCCUGCCUUCACUCCACUCCCCCACUCUCUACCCCUGACCCAUAUAUACUCUUUUUUUUUUUUUUUUUUUACAUUAAAGAACUCAAAAAGAAAAAAAAAAUCCUAGGAAAGAUAAAAUCUAGUAAAGAAAUCUUACGUAAUAUACCAAAGUGUUGGAUAGCAAGCUAGACAAUUUAGAUAAUUUAUAAAGGUUAAAUAUGCUAUGUUUAUAAAUGUGCAAAUGCUACAAUAUUUUUCCAUGUCACCUUUCAAAAUGUAUCUUCAGAAAGAAAAAACUUGAAGAAUACUGAUAUCUUAGGAAACGUGGGAUUAAGCUUAGGGAAGACCCUCGGUAAGCGUGGAGAAUCCGAUGAGAUGGUUGGUAUUUGGUAACUGAUCAGAGAUUUCUGAGUUUCCUAAUGUGGCCUCUGGACACGUCCUACCCUCUGCCUUUCCUUCUCCUGUCAAAGUGGAUGAUACAUGCUUGAAAAACCCCAGGUUCUCAGAAUGGGUGUUUUGUUCAUUUUGUGGGCGGGGUCAAGGGGGAGGUCUAGAUGCAUAGGAAAUACAGAGAGUGUGUGUGGGAGAGAGCGUACGGCAAGGCCGUGGGAAGGGGAAUCGUCAUUUGCCAAAAAAGUACCUUGAGUGUGGAAGGGUUCCUGAACAGAGAACGGACAUAGGAAAAGAAGUCUAUGGAGGGCAGGUAACACGUGGGCUAUUCCCUUGUGAUUUCUGCUGAGGGUCCCCCACUUGCUCAGAUAUUUUCAGGCGUGUGUUUCAGUGAGAGCCUGGUGUUGAAUCAGUAGAGACUGGUGUUCUGAUAUCUGGACCGUGGGUCCUUUGGUUCGUCUUUUCCAAGUCUUUCAGCUCUUUUAUUAGGAGCAUCCCCUAGGGGACCCGUGGGCUGGGGUGUGUGUGUGAAUUUCUCUGGCACAAAUACCUGAAGGCCCUGUGGAGUAGGGAGUAGGUCUGUUCUGAGUGUUUCCAAAAUGUUGACCUAGGGCCAACGAGGGAAAGUCGCAAAGAGAUAGCUUUCCACUCCUUAUUAGAGCGAGCAUAACCAACAGAACACACGAGGGUGAACGGGUCACCUCCAGAGGUCGGGGGGAGUCCUUUGUGGCCGAAGAGUUUCAGAUGCAGGCUGAGGAGCCAGGCAAGAAAGAGAGAGGCUUUGAAACCCGAGGUAAAUGGUUGUAUGAGAUGGUUGACCCUCCGAGUCCUUGAUUGCAGAGAGGCACAGGGUGAGCGUGAGAGAGAAGUCCCUCACUGCUCCUGCUUCGUGUGGAGGCUCUUACCCCGGCGGAUGGUGCGGCCAGCAGGAAAGAAAUCCUGGGGUUCUGGGUUCAGAAGCCAUGGAAACUGAUACACUAUCUAGUAAGAGUCCCCUCGGAACAGAUGAUGAGCUCUCUCCUCCACGAGGCCUCAGACUUAAUGGGAAGCAGGAAAAGGGGCCCCUCCAUUCCCUCCGAGGGAGCAACAGGAAAAGGUUACAGAAUACGCUUCCCAAGUGUAAGAAAUAGACUUGAGAUCUUGGGUCUGCUUCCCUAGCUCUCACCCGGCCCCCUGUGCACAGUCGCUCAGGGACUUGACUGUCCUCCCUGGUUCAGCCUUUAACAUCUCUCCAGGCUACCGCAGAAGCCAAGUGCCCAAGUCCCCCAGACAGUCUUGUGACCCGAGCAGACACCUUCUCCCAUAGCUGCCCUUCGACUCUGGGCUCCAGUCUCUGCCAGGGCUAAGUCUGCCGAGAUCAUUGGCGUGGGGGUCAGGAGAGCGUUGGCUUGGAGCUCUGAUCCUACUUCUGCCUCAAGCCAAGUGUGUUAUUCUUCACACUUUCUGGAAUCACUUCACCUUUCUGGACUUUACUUUCCCUAGCCGUAAAAUGAGGGGAUGGGGUUAGACGGCCUUGAAACCUCGCCCAGUUCUGAUAGGUUCCGUGCUGGCUGGAUAAUUGCAUCUAGAGUUGACGAAGAUUCUGUCAUCUGGUCAUGUGGUUGUCCUGCUCUGCCGAUCGCAGUCAGCAAAAGCAAUGAUGCAGGGAACGCACUGUCAUAGUCAUAGUAACAGCGGCCACUUGUACAGCACUUUCAAGUUCAUCAGGCAUUUCCAUAGACAUUAUCUCAUCUGACAUGUGCAGGGCCAGACUCAUUCUCCUACGUCCCAGGACCUGUCACACUGCUUUCAAGACCAGUGUUAACUUCAUGUAUUCGAGAGGUCUCUAGAGAAACAGAACCAAUAGGAUAUAUAUGUAUACACACACACACACACACACACACACACACACAUAUAAAUUUAUUAUAAGGAUUUGGCCCAUGUGAUUAGGAGGCUCAAAAGUCUCACAAGCUCUCCCCUGCAGCUGCAAACCCAGGGAAGUGGGUGGGGGGCCCAGUUCCGGGAAAACGGAGGACAGAAGACUGACGUUCAAGUUCAGCAGUCAGGCAGAGAGAGCAGACUCCCCUCCUCUGUCUUUUGCAUCUUUUCCCGAGCGGCCCACACCAGAGAGGGCAGUCCUUUUCACUCAGUGCACCAAUUCAGAUGCUGAAGUCCUCUGGAAACACCCUCACAGAGCCACCCAGAAACCCUGUUUCAUCUGGGCACAUUGACACAGAAAUUUAAUCACCUCGCUGCAGGUGAAAUCCAGGCCUACGGCCUAUCCUCCGUUUUGCACCUGCCUCUGGUAGACCCACAUGCAGCCCGCGCCCGCGGCUUCUUAUGUGGCCAGAGAGAAUAACAUCAUCUCCCCGUCUUUGCCUAAUCUCUCCACUUCUUUCUUUUCACACUUCUGCCUCAAACCACCGCACGCAUUCCAUGAUCCCCCGUAUAAAAAGAAAAUCAUAUUGGAGAUAAACUGAACGUGUCUGGAUUUUCCUGGCCUUGAGCCACAGAGUAAUUGGUUUCACGUGGCUCCCAAGCCCGUUCAGGAGGAACGGAGGACGAAGGAGGAGGAAGCUUUCUGGCACUGAGACUCCUACCUUAGAGACCCUGCUCUAGCUGCUAGCCCGGCCAUGCCCACAGAGCCUCGCUGCACGGACCAAAGAAACCCAAUAGCAGGACAUGGUGAAGAAGGCUUAGUACGUAGAAUUUCAAAGUAGCUCAAACUUCGAUGAGAAGAACGUAGCUGGGAGCUUUGAGAAAAGGAGAUAGGAAAGGGGACAGCGAACCACGGAGGCCUUGUUAACCUUCGUAGUGAGUCAUCCCCUUCGUGAUAGAUAUGAACUACUUCAUAUCCAGAUUGUGUUUGGGGAUCGUCAGAUUUCACGUUGUACUUUUGCUGGUGAAUGUGCUGCUAACUAGGUCCAAAUCUGGAUGUGCUGUCCAGACGCCUGUGUUAUCAGAAGGGAUCUGGAACGGAAGGAGGCACAGAGGGGAAAGUGUGGUCUUGAUGCCGUGGAAAGAUCACGUACAAGUACACAAGACAGUAUGAGGAAGAGCAUCAUAUGGAAAGGGAGUAACAAACAAAGAAAAAGGAUAAAUGAAUGUGCAUGUGCCUGAGUGGGGAGGCGGGUGGGGACUAGAAAGAAGGCUACACAAAAAAAGGUAAGGGAGAGUGCAGGGGAAGGACCCUGGGCGAGUCAGGGCGGCAAGGCAGAAACAGGUGGGGCAGGUGAGAAUCCAUGCCGAAGCAUGAAAGCAAAUCUCGGAAGAGAGAUCCGAGAGAGGGCAGAAAAUGUAAGUGUUAUUGGAGAUAAAAGGUAAAUAUGUGUAGGGAAAGAAAUUCUGGAUGACAGAGAUGAUAAAAGUAUUUAUUAAAAAAUGAAAAGUCAGGUGCGGUGUAUGAAAAGGAAGGGAGCUUUUCAGAGUUUUUGGAAAGGGAAGGUCCUUAUAAAAACACAUAAGCAACCAUCAGGGAAUGAUCUAAUUUCAGACGGGGCGGGUGAGGGGGUGCCCCGUCGAAGUGUAUUCUGGGCCCUGCAGGCGCUGGGGAUAACGGUGGUGGGAAGAGAUCGUUCCUUUGCUUGAACUGGACUGUGUUUCCCAAGUGCUGCUUUGGAAAUGAUUUAUGGCAGUUCACGGGGCGUUGUUUCCCUUCCCUUGCUUCUGUUGAUCAAAUCCAUUUAAAAUAAUGCCCAUCACUGCUGUGCCCGGAAAAGCCACAGGGAAACACUGAAAUAAUAGGCCGAAGUUAGACAAGACCAAAUCUCACUUGAUAUCUAUGCAGAGAGGUAUACGCCACGUUGGAAGCAAGUCUUUCUCUAGUCCCAUCCAGACUUCCCACGAGGAAGCCAUGAUGUGGGGCUGAGCCAUAUGUUUUGAGUAAAGGGGAACAGAAGAGGGGGAGUGUCUGCAAGAGGGAGAGAUGAAGAUAUUCCAAGGAAAUAUUCCAAAGCAGAACAGCAUCUUGUUUUGCCCAAAACUGAGAAGAAAAUGAAGAAAAUUACAGCCAGGGCCCAGGUCACUUCCAACAUAUGGUUAAUAAGUCUUUGAUCCUAACUGGAAUUUAUGUACCUGCCGUCUUGGCCUUUUCAGUAAGAUCUCUGACCUCUGGCAGUGUAUACGGUAGGUCCCUAAAAAUUUCUGGAAUAUUGAUUGCAGAUUCUGAUCUAUGCUGGGAAGUCCUUCUUGAGUUGAAAGUUAACAUUUUUAUAGAAACAGAUGAACGCCUUUUCCACUUGGUAAAUGCCUUGGAAUGCUGAAUCAAUACGGAAAGAGACCAGAAUGGUCAAUGGUGAUUGGAUUUCUGGCAUUUUUAGUUCUCUGGCACGAUUAGCUGCAUUGCUUGAUGGCAGACAAGUGGUGGGUAAUUAUUUACUUGGUGUAUCUUUUAUUUAAAAACUUGUUAUUUUGAAAUACUUUAAGACUCACAAGAAGUUAUAAAAAUAGUAGAGCGGCCUUACCCUAACACCAGGCUUUCCCCAUUGAUAACAUCACAUGUGACCGUAGUCUAUUCUCAAAACCAGAAAAUUGACAUUUGUAAUUCUAUUCAUUAAACUGCAGACCUCACUCAGAUGUCACCAGUUUUUUUUACAUGUAUUUAUUUAGUUUCUGGAUACUUUAUCCCUUUCUGAUUUGUAACCUGGCCCCGCGUGGGAUGCGGCAGGAAACACACUACAAUCCUACAAAAUUCUAGAGAGAAUACAACAAAUUAAUGUGUUCCUUUGUCAAUGAGAAAAUCCUGCCUAGACCACUUCCACAUUUUCGGACUAGUUUUGCUGUUUAGCCUCUGGAACAACCCAAAAACAACUCAGAAGGAUUUGGAAACACAAAAGACAGUGAGACCCGCACGUAGUUUGCAGGCUAGAGAAUCAGUUGUAGGACGUUCUAGAUGGUUCCUGCAGUUCCUACAAGUGGUAAGAUUUGUAAUGGUGGCAAGCAGGGGACUUAGGGUAAGCGGGUCUUUUGGUCAAGAGCUAGGUGGCACUUAGUUGAUGGCACCAGGGCUGGCUUGUGGAAGGAACAGAGUACGGUGGCAUAGGGUCCCCUAACGUGUGAUGAACACAAUUUUCGGAGUAGUACAGACAUUUGAUUUGCCUAAAUACCAAUUCUUAAACGGAAUGGCAGGUACAUUGGACCAAAUCAAAUGUAAACACAGAAGCAACUUUGGGGGCAGUUGAAACUCUGGGUUUGCGGAUUGCAGCUGUGAGUUUUGUGAUGGCAUCUUUAAACGUGCCCUAUUUAAGGGUCACAAGGUGGUAACCGUGUUCACACUGCUUAGCCUGUGUCCUGUAAAGUUCCAAGCAUGUAGUGAGCACUCAGCAAAUAUUUGCUGAGUGUUGUUUUUUGAAUGAAUAAAAGAUAGAAACCGAAACUUGUCAUUCAGCGUAACUGGGGUGAAUUUAGGGAGAAUUGCUUUGCUGUAUCGUAGAGGGUUUAUUUUCAAACGAAGAGAGAAAAAAGAGUGCGCAGACUUGUACCUGGUGAAGUUCAUUCUCAGUUUGUGUAUUUUCUAACGAUGACAUUGAUCUAUGGAAAUACCUCAUUCUUUGAGGUGUUUAGACAGCAGUUCAAGGCAGUUCUCUGCAAUGCACCCCAGCAAGAGCCCCAAACCCAGCCCAUUUGAAGCUCUUUGGUUUCUCCUGCAGACACCUGGUCGAGAACUUGUAAAGGAGAAAGGUCAAAGUCCCAAGCAGGCCUGUGCUUACCCACAUUCACAAUUGCAUAUAAGGGGAGACUUUGCACAAAGACUUACUGGGAAAGCAUAAUGUGAUAAGGCAAUUACUUUGAGUGAAAACCUGUUUUCUUGCAAAGAGGCUUAGAAAUAGUUGAAAUUGGGGAGGAUUCCUGCAAACACACCAAGAGUUUGUAAUCUAGCCUAUUCAUUUUAUGCCCUUUACUACUCAUGAUAUCCUAUUUUUUCUACCCUGUUGUCUGGUAACUUCCUAAGGGUUGAGUUUCUGAAUCUACAUGGCUCACUCUUCCUACGAGGAGGGAAUAUCUGAGCCUCAUUUUGCGGGCUUUGGAGGAUGAUGUGUCUUGUCAAGGGGCAAAGAGCAAACUGAUUGAUUUCUGCUUAAAACUAUCCUAGUCAUUCCGAAACAGAAUAGGUAAAAGUUCUCUGUAUUAGAAAAGGAAACAAGAUACCAAUUGUAUAUUUUCUUUAUUUAUUCUCUGUAAGUCUGUCAGAUGAUAAAUUGUAAAUAACAAUGAUUAAAGAAAUAUGCUACUGA